AUGGCUGAAAACGAAGCAUUAGAACAUGCAGUAAACGGAGCUCCGACCGACGAACCGACCCGGUGCAGACUGAGUGCGGCGGUUAAGGUUCAGAAAGUCUUCCGAGGCCACGUUGACCGGCGCAAGUUAGCGGACUCCGCUGUUCUUGAUGGACAAAACUGGUGGCAAGCGCUGGACUUCGCAAAGUUAAAUAUUUCAACGACGUCGUUUUACAAAAAGCCCGAAACAGCCGCGUCCCGUUGGAAUCGAGUCGGCUCGAAUGCUAGCAAGGUUGGCAAAGGUUUAUCUCUAGAUGCCAAGGCACAGAAGCUAAUUUUUGAGCAUUGGAUUGAAGCUAUCGACCCAAAACACCGUUAUGGGAAAAACUUGUAUCUUUACUUUGAAGAGUGGCGAAAAUCCGAUUCCGAACAACCUUUCUUCUACUGGUUGGAUCUUGGGGACGGCAAGGAGGUCGAUCUCCAAGACUGCCCGAAAUCGAAGCUUCAGAAUCAAUGCAUCAAGUAUCUCGGACCCGUCGAGAGAGAAAAUUACGAAUACUCAGUUGUGGGUGGCAAAAUACUGCACAAACUAACCGGAGAACCUCUCGACACAAACCAAGGUUCCACUUGGAAUAUUUUCGUCAUGAGCGUUUCUAAAAGACUCUACUCUGCAGAGAAAAAGAGGGGACAAUUCCACCAUUCAAGCUUUCUUGCUGGAGGUGCUACUUUGGCUGCUGGGAUGUUAGUGGCAAAAGAUGGAGAACUCAAGUCAAUCUCGGCCUACAGCGGACACUAUAAGCCGACCGAUGAUAGCUUUGAAACUUUUCUAUCCUUUCUCGAGGAAAAUGGAGUCGACCUAAGUCAAGUGGAGAUACGCGGUGUUAAAGGGGAUCAAGUGCCCGAUGGUAGCGGGAAAUUCUUGAAAAGCGACUCAGCUAUAUAUAAAAACGCGACCUCUGAGUCCGCCAACCGCACCCACAACCUCGGCGGGAAAUCAAAUCGAUUGGAAGAAACCCCACCGGAGGUAAAUAGAUUAAUUGGAGUGAAAUUGGUGAGGUUCUGCUUGUUCGGUGUCGAUUUUGUUGAUGGGGAAGGAAUUGGAGAAAAUCCAAUGCUCCAACCUUCUGAUCUCGGGGCGACGAGCUGCCAUCUUCGGUCGUCGAUGGGCAACGCGCCUUCUCAGUUUGAUGGUCGCCACUCGGGGUCUAGGGUCGCCUUGCCGCUGGCGGGUCUGCUAGUUACUGAUUCGCUAACCCGCGUUGAUAUCCUCCAGACCGUCAGUUUCCGGUCUCCGGCCAAUCGAAAAAAAAAAUAG